CACCUUGAAGAAUUCUAGAAAGCUCACAAAAUGUGUGAUGCAUUUGUAGGUACCUGGAAACUUGUCUCCAGUGAAAACUUUGAUGAUUACAUGAAAGAAGUGGGCGUGGGCUUUGCUACCAGGAAAGUGGCUGGCAUGGCCAAACCCACUUUGAUCAUCAGUGUGAAUGGGGAUGUGGUCACCAUUAGAUCAGAAAGCACCUUUAAAAAUACUGAGAUUUCCUUCAAAUUGGACCAGGAAUUUGAUGAAGUCACUCCAGAUGACAGGAAAGUCAAGAGCAUCGUAAACUUAGAUGAAGGUGCUCUGGUACAAGUACAAAACUGGGAUGGAAAAUCAACCACCAUAAAGAGAAAACUCGUGGAUGAUAAGAUGGUGCUGGAAUGUGUCAUGAAUGGUGUCACUGCUACCAGAGUUUAUGAGAGAGCAUAAGCCAAGGGAUAUUG